CAUUAGAAUUUGUAUUCAUGUUAUGUCUUUAGAGGAAGGACAAACUAUUGUUUGGGUCCAAAAUUCUCUUCAAGUCUCUGGUUACAAGGAGAAUUCUCAGGAAUCUAAAGAGGAAGCUUCAUCAAGAUGUUUAAGCCAAAUGGACUUAAUUUGCUGUGUCUCCUUAGUCUUCACCAGGUUGCUUACCUUCUUGAAGGUAACGUGCAGUCGCCUAUCACUGGACCUUUGGAGGACAAAGUUUUUUAUGUUGAAGAGGGUAAAGGGGGACCACAGUAUUUAUACAUGUUUACAUUUCAACCCCCUACCUACAGCGUGAAACUGAUCGGUGAAACAGAUGACAUCAUAGAUGUCAAAGGUGGAGUCCUGACUGUUAGCGGAGUUCUAGACUGGGAACACAAAACACAAUAUAGAUUACAGUUGGAAGGUCUAGAUCAAAAUAGCAAAAGGGUGCAAGGCCCCUAUUCUAUCAUCAUAAAUGUUGUGGAUAUCAAUGAUAACCCACCUGAAUUCAGUAAAACAGAAUACAUUGGUGAAGUUAGAGAACACUCCAGACCAGGGAAGCCUUUCAUGUAUGUUACUGCUUUUGAUCGCGAUGAUCCCAGCACCUUACAUGCACAGCUCAUCUAUAGUAUCGUUCAUCAGUUUCCCAGAUUGCCUGGCACUGACAUGUAUUUUCAGAUUGACAAUGUUACAGGAGCAAUUUCUACAACUGCUGCUGGAAAAACCAGCUUGGACUCAACAAAAGGGAAUGCCUUUCUCCUUGUGGUGAGAGCAAAAGAUAUGGCAGGCCAGUACAUAAAUAGUUUUUCUCAUGAGGCUGAUGUGAAGAUCACUGUUUUGGAAAACCUCUGGAAAUCUCCUCCAGAAGUAUUUCUCCAGGAGAACUCUACAAAGCCACACCCCAUGAUCAUCACUCAUGUACAAUGGAACGAUCCAUAUGCAACAUAUAAAAUUCAAGAGAAAGAAAAGCAUUCUAUUCCAUUUACAGUUGAUCAGAAUGGAACAGUUUAUGUAACUAAACCACUAGACAGAGAAGAGAAAGACUACUAUUCAUUCUAUAUCUUUGCAAACGAUGAGGAGGGAAAUAUGCUGGCCAAACCCGUCAAUGUUUCAGUUCGUGUUGUAGACAUCAAUGACAACCCACCUGUGUGUAACGAAAUUUUGACUAAAUUUGAAGUUCAAGAAAAUGAGGAUGUGGGGAAUUUAAUAGGAAUUGUCGUUGCCUCAGACAAUGACGAGAAGGGGUCUCUUAAUUCUCGCCUGAAGUUCAGCCUUAUGGACCAGACCCCCAAAAUCCCACAAGACAAUCUCUUCCGUAUCGAAUUGGGAACUGGGUCAGUCCACUUAUUGAAAUCGGAAUUAAACAGACAAGUGGUCCAAAAUUACUAUUUGCAGGUGAAUGUGACAGAUCCAG